CUCGGGCCGCGCGUCCGUGUGCGUGUACAUAUGACACAAGAGCUCGCGCACACAUAGGCAAUUCCGCGCAGCAGCAGCAGCAGCAAGCAGUAGUCUCGCACACACUAUUUUCUCGCCACAGCCAGUCGCUAACUAUGCACCGCAGCAGCGAGUCCGAGAGUCCAAUUGCAUUUCUUACAUGUCGACGAUCGACCAGAGCUGCAUCGAGCGAGUAGCAGUAGUAGCAUCGAAAGACCUAGAAGUGACAUAAGUCCACAAUCCAACAGUUAUGAUCGAUUGAAGCGUCGUCGCCGCGUACAAAGUCUCUCGUUCUUCCUGGGCGAUAUAUCCCUUGCUGCUGGCUGCGCGUGAGUGUGUGGAGAGCACAGAUGAUCGGAAUAUAACGGGAGGAGCUCGUGUGAGUGCGAGUGAGCGAGCGCGCGCGAGAGAAAGAGAGAAAGACAGGAAAGUACCAGCGCGACGACUGCCAGCGACGAAAAACCUUGCGAGUUGCAACAACGACAUAUAGCGCGCGCGUGUGUGUGUCUGCAUGCAGUGUGCAUGGCCAGCAGCCUCCGAAAGUGCGGCCGCCAAUCGAAGGAUACAAUAAUAAAUAGGUGGACAAGAAGAAAGACGCGAUUCGCGUGUGUGAUAUAUGUGUGUUCGACUAUAUACACCGCGGCGGUGGUGGUUUAACAGUGCGCGCGCGGUGUGAUGACUGCAUUCGUGCGUUAAAGUUUUGCGUCUACAAUAGCGCGUGUGACGAGUGUGUGUGGCUGCAUGUGUCCGUGUAUGAAAGCAGCAGCAGCAGCAGCAACGACUAGUGCGAGUGCAGUGGUGCGUGUUGUUGUCACUUUUGUGUGGUGCAGCAGCAGCAGCAGCAGCAGCAGUCACGGGCCGUGAACUGUUACAUAGGCGCGCUCGAGAGUGCAGUCACUCUCUAUAAUAGGUGCUGCUACAUCGGCAUUCGCUGCAGCCAGCCAUAGGCCAGCUCGCGGCAGUAUAAACAGCAUCGCCGCUCGCACAUAAACACACAACGCAGCACGAAUAUAUAAUAGGCUUUUGCUUAUAUUUACGUCGAGGAGAGAAGAAGAAGAAGAGGAGAGCGAAGACCGAGAGAGAGAAACGACAACAAAAACACAUCAUCGUACAGCAGGAGCAGCGCAACAAUGACGGCAACUAAUCUUGAGGGCUCGCUGAACAGCGCGCGGCUCUUGUCAUUGCCGAUUAACUCGAGAACUAAGUGUUGUAAUAUCAGUGUCGUUAAUAAUGCUGCCUCCACCGAUGACGAUAAUGGCCAGAAAAAAGUGUUCGUGAUGAUUAGUGAACAUUUGUGAUCCCGGUUUAUCGCCCUUUCGGGGAACUAUUCGUAACUCUCUGUUGUUAUUAAUAAUAAAUUCGAUAUAAUAUCUAUUAAAAUUAUACCGCGACACAUACACACAUAUAUGUACACGCGUAUACUAUAAAUAUAAAAAUACGUUUUCAUAUUAUACGGUUCAAUGCGUCCAACAUGAUCGAGCAAAAACAACAGCAACAACGACAACAACAACAACAACAGCCACCAAAACAACUACAGCAGCAGUCUCGAUUGUAAACACACCAAACGAAUCGUCGUCCUCCUUUUGCCGCUAUGAUUAGAUUAUCUGGAGAUUACGCGCCGUAUGUAUUAUCGUCUGUGUAAUUCGCACCGUACAAUAGUAGCGAUACAUAAUUGCCCGCUGCAGUUCAUCACUCAUACAUAACACACAUUGCAUAUAUAGCUACGUUUAAAAGAGAUAUAUAGACCUCAACUUCACCGCCUCUCAUACUUGGAUUAUUAAAGCUCAGACAGAUACAGAGGAUUCUGUUGACUGGUCAGCGUUACAAAGGAAUGGCAGCAGCCUUAAAGAAGAAUCACUCCCGAAGAAGGCUUGCUGCAUUUUCAUUUCUCUCCAACAUCUCGCUGGAUGGAAGUCACAGAGACACUCGAUUAGUGCUCAUACCUAGCAAUGAAUUGCUAAAUGAUCAGAAUUGCAGCAUUCACCAAGAGCCUACCACCAAUAGCAAUGAUGCCCAUCCAAAGGACACUUUGGAUGGCAUUCUCAACGGCACAUGUCUGGAGAAUGGAAACAACAAUUGCAUAAAGCAAAAUGACUUGCCUUUGUCAGCAGCGAGUCAUUAUCCAGCACAUGAUCGCUCAUUUAGCUCAGAUUCUGAAGCAGUUCAGACUCCAGUUAAAGCAGUUAAGGCUGUCUUAUCUGAACAAGAACACAACUGCCCUCAUCUGCUGACUUCUCAUCAUGCUUCAUUCAGAGAACGGGCUGGAACGACCGGCAGCAGCGAGUACACGAACGUCAUCGAGAGGAGGGUCGGCUCGCUGCAUUACAAGCGCAAGAUCGCGCAUCAGGCCUCGACGCUGUCCGAGGAUAUCAAAAAUCAAUACAACAGCAGCAGCGAGAGCAUCGGAUCUCUGCGCUCGAAAUUCAUCACUCCGGCCUCGAAAGCCAAGGGCAAGCAUCAUCAUCAUCAUCAGCAGGCCACGCCGUCGUCGACGACCGUCGCCUCGCUCAACAGCAGCAUCGGCAGCGGCUGCGGCGUCGUCGUCGGCGGCGUCGACGGUAUUCGCGGCCAGCCGGGAUGCAUCAACAACAGUAUUAUACCGGAGGUUUCCAAAGAAUUGCGUUUUAUGAAAAAGCCAAUCAGCGGUCACAAGUUUACUGACGACCGCGUUAUACUAGUAUCCUCGAAGAAAGUGCCAUUCUUAGUCUUUUCGUCUAUACCCUACAGCAAGGAGCAGCGUACCAGUUGCUUGCCAAAUUCCGUCACUAGUUCGCCAGUCUUCCAAAAACUAACGAACGUCUCCAAUCCGAUUUUAAAAAGGUCGGAGUUGCGCAAAGACGCCGGCCGUCGCAAAAACACCAUCACGUCAAGGCCGCUCUCGUCGAUAAACGACACGAGAGACCAUCAGGAUCCGUUCGGCUUGCUGGGCAUCGAGCGAGCCCAGGAGGGUCAGCAGAUAUCGUACGCCCGCUUGUUGGAGCCGUCGAGGCAGUUUCAACAGCAGCAGCAAAAAGAGCAGCAGCCGCAGCAGCAGCAACGCAAGCCACACUUCAGCGACAGCGAGGCGAUUGAACUGAUGCACAUUGCGUCGUCUAAUAAUAAACACCACGUCGUUUCAAGGACGAAAACCAUAACGUGGAACAGGGAUCAUGCCAAGUGGUGCUUGUCGUACGACGUCGCUGCCACUCGCUUGCAACACACAGGAGACUCGCCACCCGUGGUUUUAGCUGAGUCAAAAGAAUGGGACGACCAGAUUCCGUACAAUCCCAACUUGCUGGACGACCCCGAACUCAUAGCUGGAAAGCACAGGACUUUGCUUACUUUCACGUCAUACAUGACAUCUGUGAUCGAUUACGUACGGCCAACGGACUUGAAAAAGGAAUUGAACGAUAAAUUUCACGAAAAGUUUCCGCACAUACAGCUAACUCUGAGCAAACUCAGAAGUUUGAAGAGGGAAAUGCGAAAGAUUGCCAAAAUGGAAAAUGGAGUGGAUUUAUUGACCGUCGCGAUGGCCUACGUUUAUUUCGAAAAAUUGAUUUUACGCAAUGUCGUAACGAAACAAACGCGCAAAUUAUGUGCUGGCGCCUGCCUGCUGCUAGCUGCCAAACUCAACGACGUGAAAGGGCAAAUUUUAAAGUCACUUAUCGAGAGAACAGAAAGCGUCUUGCGGCUAAAUCGAAAGGAUCUUUUAAAUUCCGAAUUUGCGGUUUUAGUGGCUCUUGAAUUUGGAUUACAUCUACCGACGUGGGAAAUAUUUCCACAUUACCAGCGUCUUUUGUACGAAUCUUGACCGAUUAUCAUAAUAACGGCAUCGUUAUAUUAGGAAUUAAACAAAAAGGUACCUGCUUAAAAACUUAGUAUCCAAAAGUGAGGACUAAAAGCUUUAAUUUGAAUCGAAAAAGUGAUAUCUAAAAUUGUGUUUCUAAGAUUUUCAAUUAAUUAGGAUUUUAUAAAGUAAAUGCCACUUUUCAAAAAAUGUACUUGGCGUCGUUAUAUCUAUAAGCAGAGAUAAUGUAUUUUAAAGCAUAUGUAUUUAAUACAAUCGUUGUGUCAACGAUAGCCCUUAAUAGUUAACGCGAUAUGAUAAUUGGAUAAUGAUUAAGUACCAAAUAGAAAAUAAUGAAAAUCUUUAUAAAACUUCUUAUCUAUUCAAAUCUACACUUUGUUAUCUUUAAAAGUUUUUUUAAUAUUAAAAUAUAAGUUCAAAGUUAUUUCUUAAAUGUUCUCAUGCAUAAAGCAUUCAAUGCUGGCAUAUGCAAAACAUACAUUUUUAAAUAAAAUUAAAAACCGAAAAUAGGUUGUUGAUUUUUCAAACUUAAAAAAACAGCUCUGUUUUUAACUCUGGCUUCACGCGUAAUUAUUACAUAUUGCUGUAACAAAAGCUGCAACUAAUUUUCUCCUUACAUAAGCAACCCUUUGUUUCUUACAUUACGUAACAGUAAUGUUCCGAGCAUCUAUAUUUAUUUUGAAUGUCAAGUAGCUUAUCUAUUGAUUUUUAGGGAUCUUUUUAUUCAUACCGAGUCUGUUGAAUUUAUUUCUUGAAUCGAUUUUGUUGCUGUACUUAAAUUUUUUGAAUUCUAUUAAACUUGAGCUGUUAUCCUAAUAAAUAGUUUUAUAUUAAAACUAACGAUUCUCUUGUUUAUCAAGAAAUCAAUAUUCAAUGAUGUAAUAUUUACGAAUAACGUAAUCGAUAGAGUCAAAUAGUGACGAAAAAGUAUUGAAUGGGCAACUUGCUGUUUGAUAUUAUUGUGUAAUUUUCUAUGAACAUUAGAAUAUAUGCAAAAACAAAAAUACUAAUUAAAUUAUUAAUAACAUUUUUUCUUGCUUUACACACUAUUCUAAAGUACAAAACCUUUUAAUUUUUUCUUAAUAAUUUUAAUCGCCGUUUCCACAAAUUUAUUGUGCUCUAAAAUAUGCAUUUGAAAUUGUUUAGAGGUGCUUUUCGAUUAUAAGAUAUUCGACUGAAAUUUGUUAAUACAUUGUGCAAAAGUACUACUUUUCUGUCCUUGUAUAUACUUAACAAACUCCUCAAUGAGUUAUACAAAUUUUACGUACAUAUAAUCAUGGUGAAAACAGAAAGCUAGAUUUACGAUCGUAUGUGUAAGAGAAAAAUAUGUGUAAUAACGUUUUAAUCUGUAUAAUGUCUAGUAGCAGUCGGGAAUUCAUCAAUUUCAAUAAAUACGCAUAAAUACAAGUUGAUGUACUGAAUAAAUUGAAAGACUAAAAGUAACAAAAUUAAGAAGUUGUGUGUGUUGAUGAGAAGGGGUACAAAUUAUCAUGAUGAAUAUUAUUAUUGAAAUCAGCUAUAAUAUUGAAACAUAAAAUAAUGCGCAUGCGAUUGUUAGGAAAUGGCGUGUAAAUAAUAAUAAUUAUUAUUAAACGUGGCGAAGACGACAUGUAUUUUGCACCAUUUUAUACCCGAUCGAUUUCAUUCGUAAUUAAUAAUUCGUAAUAUUGUACGAUAUAAGUUUAUUUUUAUAAAUAUCUUCUACACUUCUUGUAUGAAAAACAAAAUGUUGAAAAUCGAGUGAGCUGAUGGGUCAAGAAAAAAUUUUUUGUAAUGAAAAACAGUAGACAAUUGUUAAAGCAACUUUUGCAUAUUCGAUGUUUUUAAAAGAAACAUUUGUGUGUAGUUAUCGCGAGACUGAUGUGUAUGAGUCACUUCGAGCGGUGUUUACUCGUUUGAGUGAUAUACGAGCGGGCGUUGGGAUAACUACAUGAUUUUUUGCAUAUAGCUCAUUCGAUUGAAUUGGUAUCAUGGUAGUUUUCAAAAAUAUAUCUAAGCUCAGGGAUGCUGGCUACAUUUCGUGAAAUUUUGGUUAAUCUUGUCUAAAUAUAUUCACGCUCGUACACAUACAAACAUAUUUGUCUAUGACUGUAUGUGUAUUCUAUUUUACUUUGUUGGUCUUAUUUCAGAUAUGUUCCAUAAGCGUAGCUUAUGCUUUUAUUACUCUUAUAUAUGUUUAUUUACUUUUCUAGUCUAUAUUUUAGUAAUGUAUAAAAGUGUUUUUUUGUAAAGAUUCUAAAGGAUAGUCGUAAAGUCAUUUACAAUGUUACAGAAAUAGUCAAAUAAGGCUGUAUGAAAAUUUAACGUUUAUGUGGUGCAAGACUCACUCCAUCGUAUUUAUACAAUUCGUCCGGGUUUUCAUUUUGUUGUUUGCUUCAUCGAUAGUUUUCUAUUAUCAAUUAACCAAUUUACAGUCUUGAAACUUUAAAGAAUAAUUUCAUCUUCAUUUUUUUGUAAAUAUGCUAUGUACAAUUUAUUAGGGGUGUAGAACAAAAUACAAUAAUUUGGUGACUUGUAAAUAGUUGAUUAAUCAUAAUUGAAAAAGUUUGUUUUUUUCAUCAGAACAACGACGACGAAAUCAAAGUUUUACGUUGGAGAAAAGUCGGGCAGUAAUUUUUGUAUUCGUAAAAGGGGAUAAUAUAAAUACGAGCUGGGUCUCUCUCUAUUAUACAUAGCGAUUAUUUAUUAAUCUUAUUAUAUAACUUCGAUA